GAAAUCUUGGAUUUACAGAGUAAUAUAAUUAUGGAUAUUCAACCCAACGAUUUCAAAGGAUUUGUUAAAUUAAAGAAAUUAGAUAUUAGCAGCAAUAAGAUUACACAUAUUAAUGAAUCAGUGUUUAGCCACUUGCCUAACCUCAAAGAGCUGAAACUUAGUUACAAUAACCUUGCUGAAAUGCCAUAUUUUGGAAAGAAUUAUAGUCUUGAACAACUUCACUUGCACCACAAUUGGAUCAGGUCUAUUGAUUCCAGAGUGUUAAAUGGCUUACCAAAAUUACGAAUGUUGGACUUGAAUUUUAAUCAUAUUUAUAAUAUAACUACUGGAACAUUCCACGCUGGAUUAAAUUUACAUCAACUCUAUCUGAAUAACAACAGAGUCCGAAGAGUAGAAAAAUACAGUUUUGAUAAUUUAACUUCCUUGGAAUUGCUGAAGAUGAACAAAAAUAAGUUGGACCAUUUGCCAGAGUUUUUGUUUGAAAAACUCACCAAGUUGAAGUGUUUAGAGAUGUCACGGAAUAAGUUCACUGUUAUCGAAAGUCUAUCAUUUCGUGGAUUGGAUAACUUACAGAUCCUCAAGUUAAAAAGAAACUUCAUCUCUAAAUUAAAAGAUGGUUCAUUUUUUGGACUAGGAAAAAUCCAAAAUCUACAAUUGAAUCACAAUAAUAUUUCAACGAUAUCAAAAGGCUGGUUGUAUGGAUUAAAAACACUAAAACAAUUAUCUUUAACACACAAUAAUAUCAAAUCAGUGGAACUUGAUGGAUGGGAAUCUUGUCGGUUACUCAGGAAAUUGGAUCUGAGCCACAACCAGCUUAGUUCAAUUACAGUGAACUCCUUCGCCAAUCUGGCUGCAUUGAAGUCUCUCUACCUGGGCCACAAUCACAUUUCUCACAUAGAACGUGGAGCUUUCAAGGAUUUAUCAAACCUGGAAAUUUUCCAACUAAACCACAAUGAAAUUUCCUCAGCUGUUGAAGAUAUUGAUGGGGCCUUUGCUGGUCUCCAUAGGCUAACUCAACUUGACCUCAAUGGCAAUAAAAUCAAGUCCCUUGCAAAACGCUCAUUCAUAGGAUUGCAAAACCUUGAACAUCUCUUCUUGCUGGAGAACCAUAUUGCUUCUAUACUGGAAAAUGCUUUCGAGCCACUACAUCUUUUGAAAGAAUUACAAUUCAACACUAGCAAUCUACUCUGUGAUUGUCAUUUGGCCUGGUUACCAAAGUGGUUAUAUGAGAAUAAAUUUGAAGACUCAGUCACUGCAAUAUGUGCUCAUCCUCAUUCAUCAAAAGGCAAAAGUAUCUUUGCUGUGAAACCAGAAGAAUUUGACUGCACUGAUUUUCCUAAACCUGUCAUAACUAGUCAACCUAUGUCACAGAAAGCACUGAAGGGAGAAAAUCUGACGUUGAAUUGCAGUGCUGUCAGCAGUGGUUUUUAUGACACCAAGUUCCAGUGGAAGAAAGACAGCAUGAUUCUCACGGACCCAAAGAUGUUUAACUUUACAUCUAUGGAAGGAAAACUUGUACAUCUUACCACACUGCUUCAUUUAGAAAAUGUUCAAGAUGAGACAGCUGGUAAAUACCAGUGCAUUAUAUCAAACCAUUUUGGAUCUGCCUAUUCUACAAAAGCUAAUAUCUCUGUACAUGUUUACCCUUCAUUCACGAAAAAACCUGAAGAUGUGACUGUCAAGUCUGGCAGUAUAGCACGGCUAGAGUGCGCUGCCUCUGGACAACCUCCACCACAAAUAGCCUGGAAGAAAGAUGGAGGCAAUGAUUUUCCUGCUGCCCAUGAGAGACGCAUGCUUGUCAUGCCAUCUGAUGAUGUUUUCUUCAUAGUCAAAGUCAAGAGCUCAGAUGAAGGGACAUAUAGUUGUACUGCCACUAACGAAGCAGGAACAGCAGCUGUUAAUGCUACUCUAAAAGUUUUAGAAAUUCCUUCUUUCACUCGACCAAUGAUUCCACAGAAGGUUAUCAGACUUGGGGAAACCACGGUACUGGAGUGUAUGGCAUCAGGAAGUCCAAAGCCUAAACUGACUUGGCUGAAAGAUAACAUUUUAUUGCGACCAACUCGUAGGCAUCACUUCACAGCAAGUGAUCAACUAUUGGUAAUUAUGGAUACCGUAACAUCAGAUGCAGGAAUAUACACCUGUGAACUGUCAAAUACACUAGGCUUAGAACGUGGCACUACCAAACUGAUAGUGUCUUCAUCAAGGAAUUUAGACCCUGCAGCAUACAGUGAUAAUGGACUAGAAAAUAGCAGCACCACUACUGGUAUUAUUAUUAUUGCCGUUAUAUGCUCUGUAGUCGGUACCUCACUUGUGUGGGUCAUAAUUAUUUACCAGACCAGAAAACGCCCAGAAGAAUACAGUGCUACACCAACAGAUGAGACCACUCUACCUGAAGUGGCCAGCUCAGGGUAUAACUCUGCUGCCGAUAAGGAUGGAGGCUUUAGUGAUGCCCAUCUCACUGUGUCUGGAUAUCAAUAUCAGUUUGCUGGGGCAAGUAAUAGUAUAUCCAGUUUACAUUGCCCUAACAGUGAGAGUGACACUUUAAAGAGUUCUCGCAGCACUAGCAGUACUCAUACAGGCGGCAACUCUGCAGAACAUUCCACCAAUCACUCGACAAUGCAGACCUUCCAUCCACAGACAUCGUGCCCUGACAGCCUCGUUGACAGUGACUGCCCACCUGAUUCUGUUGAAAGGAUACACAGAUUCCCUGCUUUACCAGGAACACCACCAGCUAGUUUGCGCAGAGCUUACCUCAGGGUAGGCCCAGAAAGUUUAUCUGCAGACAGAUAUCAUGGUUCUCAACCACCUGGAACUUCGUGGGAGACUGAUCAAGUGAUGCCACAAGUCCAGUGCAAAAGUCCUUCAUCCAAUUACCUCCACAACCGACCCAGUUCUUCUCCUCUGCCAUCUUGUCUUGACAAAACUGUAAAUAUACCUCCCCCUCCCCCCUACGAGACUCUUUCCACAUCACCAUCGUCGUCAAGACAACAGCAGUCAGCUGAGCCCACAGACCUCCCACCAGAGCAACAACACUUAUUACCACAACAACAACAACAGUUACAUUCACAGCAACAACAACAACAACAACUAUCUCCACCUUGUCAUCCAUCCUCUAUUUCAUCUUCAUCAACGUCAUCUUUAUCAAAAACAACAACACCAGCAACAACAAUAACUGCAACACAGCAGACACCUUUGCUGUCUUCAUCUCUUCCAAGCCAAAGAACAGACUUAAAUCAUUUAUCAUCCUCUGCAACCAUUCCAUUGCAUUCACAACAACAACAGCAACAACAACAACUACAGUACCAUGGCAUGGAUCCUACAUUGAACAAUUUACAACACAGUCUCUCUACCACAGAUAACUGGACUUUUGAUGUUUGAUGGUGGCAUUAAGUGGGUGGGUGGGUGGGGACAACAUAUAUAUAUAACAUGUAUAUUUAUAUAUAAAUAUAUAUAUAUAUAUACAUAUAUACACAGACACACUCAUACAUGCAAGCAUACAUACAUUGGUCUCCUACAGUUGUAAUGUAGGUCUCCAUUCUUUCAAAAGAAAAAGAGAGCUGUGAUGUUUUACAAAAUUGAAAACUUUUUUUUGUUGUUGUUGUUUCUUAUUCAUCCCCCCUUCCUCUCCUUUUAAAUUAUAGUUGAUGAAGAUGAUGAUGAGGAUGAUAGAGAAGAAGAAGAAAAGAUAUUAAAAAAAGAACAAUAAAUAAAAGGAAAACAAAGAAAAUGAUUCUAUAUCUGGGUAAAGACCAUAAAUGUUUGAUGGUUUGAGCAGGGUAUUUCAAUAGGCAAAUAUGGCAAAAUAAGAAGUGGGGGAAAAAAACUGGACAUGGCGGCAGUGGCAGGGGUGUUUAUGUUGUUGUUUCUUUUCUUUAAUUUCCAUUUUAUCCCCCACCCCCCACCCAUCUACCCACCUUAAUUCAGAAAAAAAUAAGGCAAUUUUUGUUUGUUUUCUUUUUUAACUGGCACCCACCUUCCCACCAUCAACCAUCUCUUUCCUGUUUGUGCUUGUGUAUGUGUGUUAUAUAAAGGAGCUGCACAAUGGCUGUAUGAGUACAAAUAUUUGGCUGACCCCUGUGUGGGUCAAAGAGUUCAAAUUUCACUGCUGGAGUGCUUUAUUGUAUUUUUUUUUUUCAUAAGGACAGUAACACUUCACUCUACAUUAAUCCUCCUUCACCAUUUUAUGAAUAACAGAUACCAGGUUUUUUUUUACUGAAUGUCUUACCUAAAGUGACUGGCAUCCUAUCCAUGAGCUUUUUUGUUUUUACACCUGCACCAUCAUAUCAGGAAACUGAUGCAAAGCCUUUUACUUAGGAGACAUUCAAUACACACACACAUAUAUUAGAGUAGUAUAGUUUACAUGAAGCAUUGUCUGAUAUAGAUUAAAAAGCUUUUGAUUUAAAAAAAAACGAGCCAAAAGAAUGCAAGUUAUAAGAAAUAUAAGAUAUUAGUUUGUGUGGCGGUGCAUGGCUUAGUGGUUAGGAUGUUGGACUCAUGAUCGCAAGAUUGUGGUUUCAUUUCCUGGACUGGGUGAUGUGUUGUGUUAGUGAACAAAACACUUCAUUUCAUGUUGCUCCAGUCCACUAAGCUGGUGAAAAUGAAUAACCCUGCAAUGAACUGUCAUCUCAUCAAGGUGGAAGAAUAUAUAUGCCACAGACACCUGGAAAUCGGCCCUAUGAGUCUAUAUUACUCAGGAAGGUUCUUUAUCCUUUAAUCUUAUUCAUUGAUUUGUAUUGCAGAUCAGAAAAACCAGCUCAAAACAUUAAAUCUCUGAAAAUUUCUUGAAAAAGGGGUUUUAACCUCGAAAUAUCAAAAUACAAGAUAAAAGUAUGAACCAUUGACUACUCUCAUUUCUUAUAUCUCACAUUGUUUUGGCUCUACAAAAUAGUUUAAAAUUUUCAACACACACACACACACACACACACACACACACAUAUAUAUAUAUAUAUUAUAUAUAUAUAUAUAUACACACACACAGACGCACACACACAUACAUACAGUCCAGGUGCAGAGCUCAAUAGUCAGUUCCCCCCUACCAUACCUUCACUAGUAUAGUGCCUAAUGUCGACACACACACACACACAUACUGUGAUGCCUAAUGACAUAGGAUCAAACAAGACCAAUAUCUGAGAUGGUUCGAUUGUGUUUACUUGGAUGAUGUUGCUGAUGUCAAAAUGUACUUUAGCAGCUUUUAAAAAUAUUUUUUUUUGUUUAUUUAUUUUAUUUUCAAAAGGUAAACAAAGGAUGAAAAAUUUUAUUUAACUAACUUUUUUUUUUUUUUUUUUUUUUUUUUUUUGUUAUUCUUUAAUUUGAAGAGUUGGGUAGGUGGGUAUAAUAAAUGUUUCAGACCACGUGCUAAAGAAUCUUCAGAAUAAAUUUGUACCAAGCCAUUAAGUACCGUCCACUAAUUCCUUCAACCAUUUCUGCUCUAACACCCACCCCAGCCCAAUCCAACAACCAAGUCCUCCCUUACCAAAGAGUCUGUUUAAACUGUGAGUAUACUCGUUAGUGGAUGACUAAGUCAGUUCAUCUCUCAAAAGUGAAAUAAGCCAGCUAAAAACAAAUGAAAAUGAAGCAAAAUGAUUGAAUCCUUGUGGUGGAUCUGGAAAAGAAAAGUACAUG